AAAAGUGAAAAUCUCCAGGGAAACCUUGCUUGAUAAAAAAGAAAGUCUGAUAAAAUCUCACACAAAUAAAUAAAUAAGAGUUUUUUUCCUCCGAUCUAAAACACCACUUAAUUUACACACACUAUGACGAAGCAACAAGCUAAUUGGUCUCCGUAUGAUAACAAUGGAGGAACAUGUGUGGCGAUAGCUGGUGCGGAUUAUUGUGUGAUUGCAGCUGAUACUCGUAUGUCUACCGGUUACAGUAUCCUCACUCGUGAUUAUUCCAAAAUCUGUAAAUUAGCGGACAAAAGUUACAUGGCUUCUUCAGGAUUCCAGGCUGAUGUUAAAGCUUUACAGAAAGUCCUAUCUUCAAGACACCUGAUUUAUCAACACCAGCACAACAAACAGAUGAGUUGCCCUGCUAUGGCUCAGCUUCUCUCGAACACCCUUUACUACAAGCGUUUCUUCCCAUAUUAUGCCUUUAAUGUUUUAGGCGGCCUUGACAGUGAAGGAAAGGGAUGUGUCUUCACGUAUGAUGCCGUUGGAUCAUAUGAGAGAGUUGGAUACAGUGCUCAGGGUUCGGGUGCUACACUCAUCACUCCAUUCCUGGACAACCAGCUUAGGUCACCGAGCCCUCUUCUAUUACCCGCACAGGAUGCUGUUACACCGCUUUCAGAAGCAGAAGCAGUUGAUUUAAUUAAAACUUGUUUUUCAUCCGCAACAGAAAGAGAUAUCUACACUGGUGACAGUGUAGAAAUUAUAAUCUUAAAUGCUAAUGGUGUUCGCCAUGAAAGUGAACAACUCCGCAAAGAUUAGCUGCCAAACGAGCUUUUUGAAGUUUGUGGUCCGUUGUUUCAGUUGUCUUGGAAGUGCUAAUGUUUUUAGAUUAUAACGGCUUAAUACUUCGAAUAUUCAAAAUCUUGGAUUUAUAUAUUCCUGAAAUCUUAGUUGAUGAAUUUAUGCUGGCUUGAUAGCCUGUUUCAAAGUUUUUGUAUCAUCAUUUUGGAAUGAAAACCACGUUGCUUGGUUUUUGUGAGAUCA